GGUUUAGAUUAAAAUGAGGAUGAAUUCUAAUUUGACACUUUUGACGCAGUCACUUGCUUGGUUUUUGAGCUGAAAUUAUGCUGAAUUUCGCCGAAUAGCUCUUCAUCCUUGAAUAAUUUUCACGGAAUCAAGAAAUGGGAGGAAAGCCCGUAUACAUAACGACGGUCGAUAUAUUUCUUCAUUUCGAAUUGGCAGAUUUAGUUACUCGAGAGAUGCGGUCAACCGAAGAAAAAGGAGUCAGACGUCGCUGGAGAUAAUAAUUCGUGGUUUGAGAGAGUCUAUCUCAGAUCCUGAAAAUAACAUUCCCGUGAUUGAGAUCGAUGCUCUUCAUGAUCCAGAAAAUCCGGAGGAGGUUCAAAAGUUUGCUGAGGGCUCUGAGCGUUUAUGGAUGAUCAUUCAGAAAUUUUCGAAGCGUCCGAUGGAAGAUGUUAAAUUCGUGGAAGAUUCAAUAUCCAAUUUCAAUGUGAAGAUCGAGAAAUUGACGGAUCAAAUCAACACGCUGAAUGCACAGAAUGCUGAAGAAAAGAGGAUGAGGAAUGAAUUAGAAGAAAAAUUGAACGAAGUCGCAGAAAAUAAAGAGAUGCUGGUGAAACAGCUGGAAAAUCAGAAAACCCCAUCGACCAAAGCAAAGAAGAGCAUUGUGAAAAAGAUUUUGUCAAUUCUGAUUCUCAUUGAACCCAUUAUAUCGGCAAUUAGCACAGUUUUCAACAGUGCCAAGGAUUUAGUGCGUUGAUUUCUGAAUUACUUCCAUUUAUCUAUACUGUUCUGUGUUUGAUUGCACUGUGCAGUAUUUACACUUGGGUUAUACAUUCAAAUACACAAAUAUUUUUAAUCAUA